AAAACAUUCGUAUCGUUUCCAACGCCUAACGUUGCCUAGCAACUCGCAGCUCCUUACGUAUUCAGCGCUGUGAUUGGUGUACACCGAACUGCUUUGCCUUAAUAAUUUCUUGAAUAAUGAUAGUCGAACAUAUUUCCGUGCUUUUAUAGCAAACUCAUCAUUACAUUAUGUGUAUUUCGAUCUGAGGCGAGUUCAUAAAGGAUUUUGACAAGGUGAAUUGGAGCUGGGUUGCCUGUUAUCGUCAGUCAUCUAUAUUCUGUGAUCUUGAAUUUUCCUGUAAUAUGGGCCAGCAGCAGUCGGGACCCGGCGGCGGUGAUAAGAACAAAGACAAAGAGAAGAAGAGGAAGUAUGAGCCGCCCAUUCCCACACGCGUGGGCAAAAAACGCAAGAAGGUUAAGGGACCAGAUGCUGCCAACAAACUUCCACAGGUGACACCUUACACAAGAUGUCGCCUGAAGCAGCUGAAACUAGAAAGAAUAAAAGACUACCUUCUAAUGGAAGAAGAGUUUAUCAAGAAUCAAGAGCGCCUGAAACCUCAAGAUGAGAAGAAUGAGGAGGAGCGGAACAAGGUGGACGACCUGCGCGGCACGCCCAUGUCCGUGGGUAACCUGGAGGAGAUCAUCGACGACAACCACGCCAUCGUCAGCACCUCGGUCGGCAGCGAGCACUACGUCAGCAUCCUCAGCUUCGUCGACAAGGACCAGCUGGAGCCCGGCUGCUCCGUCCUCCUCAACCACAAGGUUCACGCCGUGAUCGGCGUCCUCUCGGACGACACGGACCCCAUGGUCACCGUGAUGAAGCUGGACAAGGCGCCGCAGGAGACGUACGCCGACAUCGGCGGCCUGGACGCCCAGAUCCAGGAGAUCAAGGAGUCUGUGGAGCUGCCGCUCACGCACCCCGAGUAUUACGAGGAGAUGGGCAUCCGGCCGCCCAAGGGCGUCAUCCUGUACGGCGCGCCCGGCACCGGCAAGACGCUGCUGGCCAAGGCGGUGGCCAACCAGACGUCGGCCACCUUCCUCCGAGUGGUCGGCUCCGAGCUGAUCCAAAAGUACCUGGGUGACGGACCGAAGCUGGUCCGAGAGCUGUUCCGCGUGGCCGAGGAGCACGCGCCCUCGAUCGUGUUCAUCGACGAGAUCGACGCGAUCGGCACGAAGCGUUACGACUCGAACUCUGGCGGCGAGCGGGAGAUCCAGCGCACCAUGCUGGAACUGCUCAACCAGCUGGACGGAUUCGACUCGCGCGGCGACGUCAAGGUGGUGAUGGCGACCAACCGGAUCGAGACGCUGGACCCGGCCCUGAUCCGGCCCGGACGGAUCGACCGUAAGAUCGAGUUCCCGCUGCCGGACGAGAAGACCAAGCGGCGCAUCUUCCAGAUCCACACCAACCGGAUGACGCUGGCCGACGACGUCAACCUGGACGAGCUGAUCCUGGCCAAGGACGACCUCAGCGGCGCCGACAUCAAGGCCAUCUGCACGGAGGGCGGACUAAUGGCGCUCCGCGAGCGGCGCAUGAAAGUCACCAACGACGACUUCAAAAAGUCCAAGGAGAGCGUGCUCUACCGCAAGAAGGAGGGUACCCCGGAGGGUCUGUAUCUGUAGGAGGGGAGGAGCGCGGCGCGGCGCUCCCGGCCGGUGUCAGCUGUGUAUCCUCGCGCUGUUCCGCCGGGGCAGGGCUCUCUCCUGGCCGGCCCGGCUGGCCGUCAGCCCUGGGGCUCGGUGUCAGCCCUCCGUGUAGGUAUCUCAGCACUGUUCCGCCGGGCGGUGCUCCCUCCCGGGUGGCCGUUCGACUGUGACCAUGCUGCGUUGCUAUUUGAAUACACUGUCGGAAAAGGA